UUAGCGCCCUCUCUUGACGCAUGACACCAUAUUUAUUGCACUUGGGCAGAGAGGAUUUUCGUUGUGCACUUGUGUUCUCUGACAUUUCGCCAGAAAAGGGUGCGAAAAUGGCUGAAAACAUAUUUUUGUUUGUCCCUAACUUGAUAGGAUAUGGUCGUAUCGUCCUGGCUCUGAUUUCCUUCUAUUACAUGCGGACUGACUACAUCACGGCCACUUGGUGUUAUCUGCUGAGUGGUUUAUUGGAUGCAUUCGAUGGUCAUGCCGCAAGGAUGCUCAACCAAGGGACCAAGUUUGGAGCGAUGCUGGACCAGUUGACAGACCGAUGCGCAACCAUGUGUCUCCUAGUGACCUUGUCAGUCUUGUACCCUGACUACAUGUUCUGGUUUCAGCUCAGUAUGACAAUUGACAUUGCAAGCCAUUGGCUCCAUCUUCAUAGUUCCAGCAUGAAGGGGAUUUCCAAUCAUAAACUGAUUGACAUGUCUGGCAACCCCAUCCUGCGCAUCUACUACACCUCACGACCGGUGCUGUUUUUCAUGUGUGCUGGGAAUGAGCUGUUCUACAGCAUGUUGUACCUGCUGUAUUUCACCGAAGGUCCCCUGAUUCCCAUUGUGUCGGUCAGCAUCUUCCGUCUGAUCCUCAUCGUCUCGGCACCAGUCUCUCUUGUCAAGACAGGCAUCAGUCUCCUCCAUCUGGUCACCGCCUCUCAGAACAUGGCUAUCAUUGACGUCAGUGAGAGAGAAGAGAAAGCUAAGAGCCAAAAAGAUUGAGAUGAAAUUACAGGACAGAUCAAAGGUCAAUGACGGAUAGGGUCAAAGGUCACAAGGUAUUAAAGGACCAAUAUCUCCUGGCAUCCUUCCCUCUAGGUAACAUAUUGCUAUGAGGACAGGUCCCAUUCUUAAAGAGGGGUGUAUGCAGGUUGGGCCAUCUAAUCAAGCAUUAAUAAGCUGUCAUCUUUAAGCUUAUGCUUAAUGUAUAAGUGUUAAUGCAAAAUGUAGAACUACAAGAAAAAGACAUAUUAUAAAAAAUAAUGAAUGGUUAUGAGUCCAAUGAUAGGAAUAAUUUCUUGAGUUGACAGAUGGAAUGGAAUCUAAUGGAACAUUCCGUCUGUCACCUCAUGAAAUUAUUCUUUCCAUUGCAUGAAUGUGAAACAGUCAUUAUUUGUGUUUACAAUGCUUGAAUAAAUCCUUGUCAUCUGAUUGGUUACUUGUAAAUUGGUACACUAUAAAUGUACAGCAUCGGAGUGCAACCAGUAGUGUGGCCAUGCAAUGACAGUCAUAUGGAACUUCUUUUUUAAGGUGUGGCCCCGCAGUGCAUUGGGAUGAAUAAUUCAGUGACAUGCGAUCAACAAUCCACCAAUCAGGCGACAGAGAUUUAUCUAAGUGUUGUAUAAACAACUCAUUGAGGACCACUAGAGUUAGAAAGUAAUCGAUUGUACCACAAUCUAACGUCUUAAAUCCUCUUAGGUGUUUAUUUAACACCAAAUAAAAUAUUACACCAUAUAAAUCUUGUUAUAACCUUGCCAUGUAAUGACAAAUGCCUUGAUGUGUUGUGCUAAAUAUGCACGUAAUAUAGAUAGUACUAAUGGCUACAGGUAAUGUAAUGAUUGUGCCACUGGUUAUAUUAUGUGUAAUCUCAAUAUGUGUUUUAAUACUGGAUAUACUUCAAGGGAAUAUACAACAUUUGCAAACAUAAAAAAAAAAAAAAUACCAAAUUAUUAUAAAAUACCUU